AUGCAGCCCGGGGGACGGCAGCAGGAGGGACCGCCUCAGCCCACCCAAGCCAAAGUCCCAGACGUAUGCUUAAAUAUUUUAAAAAUCCCCCCAGAUGCCUAUGUUCUGUGUACAAGACGACCCCCAAUUUCUUACUAAUUUUUUUUAACAAAAAACCUUGUCCUAUACACGGGGAAAUGCAGUAAAUGUGUUUCUCAGAAACCUGCUCUAAGGUAGUGAAUCUUGUCAGUUUUAAUUAAAGCCAGCAGUCACACCUCUGUAUUAAUGUCACUAUGAAAAGAAGUCACAGUUACCAGAACUAUGAGAAAGUAUUGGCAAGAAUCAGAGAAUUCGAAGGGACCCUGAGGCUCAUCUACUCCAACCACCUGCAAUGCAUGAAUUUCAACUAAGGAAGAAAAAUGCAGGAAAGGAGUCAAGACAUGAGCAUAAGGUCAGACAUCACCAGAAUAUAAGGCUAUGCCAAGAGCUGCAUAAUCAUACCAGGGUGUGCUAGUCUAGCUCCAGGGUGGACUUUCUUACUCCAAGUCCAAGGGACUAAAGACACUGGACUAAGGUGCCCUGCUUUACAGAGGACAGUUCUUUAUUUGGAAGGCAGUCCGGUCCAACUCUGAGUUAAAUAUAAAGAGCCAGUAGUAGCAAGAGCAGGAGUGGUGCAGUAACUGGAACAAUUGCUGUCACAUGACAGCAGCAGGGCCAGAUUGGGAUCCAACAGAUUACUGGCUGGCUCAGCCCCACCACCUCCCUGCCUCGGAGAAAGCCCCAUUUUGGCCAGCUGCUGCCAGCAGCAAUCUCUUUUUCUGCCCUACUGCCUGUUUGGUCGGUGGAAGGGAGAGCUUCAUGACAGCAGAGUAAACCAUCUAUCUAUCUUUAUUAUUUUCCACACAAUAUAUAUUUUAUAAUAUAUAUAUUUGGUCCCAGGCCCAAAGGAAGUUAGAUUGGCUUCAACCAGAGCCAGGGCCUUUUCAACUCUGGCUCCGGUCUGGUGGAACGCUCUGCCUCAUGAGACCAGGGCCCUGCAGGAUCUGAUUUCUUUCCGCAGGGCCUGUAAGACAGAGUUGUUCCGCCUGGCCUUUGGCUUGGAGCCAAUUUGAUUCCCCCCCCCUUUCUUUUUUCUUUUCCUUCUCCUCCUGCGAUGAGGCUACAUUUUACUAUUUUAAUGUUCCAUUAUUUUAAUGUUGUAUUUUAUUUUUGUUUUUAAGUUGUAAUCAUUCAUCUUGUUUUUAUUGUUGCUUGUAAGCCGCUCUGAGCCCGGCCUUGGCUGGGGAGGGCAGGGUAUAAAUAAAAAAUUAUUAUUAUUAUUAUUAUUAUUAUUAUGAUGAUGAUGAUGUUACUUGUGUUUACUGUAUUGCUGAGCUCAAGUGCAUGUGAUACAUGCAUCCCUAAGAAACACUAGAAAUGACUAGAUUGCACCAACUUUAUUAUAAGACACUAGACCAUUCAGUGAAAAGAACACAUCUGAGUAAAUACAGGCAUAUGGGGUGUAUUGUUUCAGGUCCACAGACUGCUGCUUGGAAACAGAGUUAUGCCCAGUAAGAGAGACUUUGGCCAUUUGUUCUCUAAGGUAUACAGAACAGAGUCCAUUGCAUUAUGAUUAGAGCCAGAACCUAAAAUUAUGUUCCCAGAAGGGUAAAGGCUAACAGUAGAACACUGUACAAUUAACUUCCAGGAAUUAAUCAGUGGAAGUUGAGUGACCCACUCCUGGUGUUGACAUUUAAAAAUCUUCUCCCACUGUGUUGUGUAGAGUCAUUGAGGUUAAAGAUGUCAAUGACCUACUAAACCAUAAAAUCUGUUACCCUUAGGGGAAGGACGACAGACUAUAAUCUCCACAGGUAUAUAAUACAUAUUAAAAUAUAUCAUGCUGCUUCUUAGCUUUGAAAGAGCCAAACCCAGUGCAUUAGAUAUUACAAACCGCAAUGCAAAGUCACAGCAUCAGACACAAUACUGAUACAUAUGCGCAAACAGCUUUUCCCAAUAUUGAGAUGGCAAGCUUUAGAAUUUUAAAUAAUUAAAAAAUAAGUCACAUUAACCAGACAUCAAAGAAAAAAUAUGAGAAAUGCAUGUCCCGGCAUAAAAUGCGACACAAGGCAAAUGAAUUUUUUCCUUAAAUAUUAGAAGGGAUUAAGGGUUUUAAGGCAGGAGUCUUCCUAGAAUGUGUCGCUUAUCAACUUAAGAAUAAGAAGAUAAAACUGAAGUGCUCAGACUCCAAUCCCAUAAAUAUAAAAUCCACAUAAAUUAUACUUUGUAAUAAAGACAGAUUCCCUCUCUCAGACUCCAGAACAGAUUGCUUCAUGUGCUCCCAUGGGUUGACUGUUAGUGUGAGUUUAUUGUGAGUUUCUUUGUAUAAUAAAUGAUGUGUCUGAUUCACAGAGCUGAAAAGCUUGAAAAUGUAAUUUUAGAGUAUCCACCAUUAUAAUUGAUCAUCUCUCUCUCUCUUUAAAAAAUGUUUUAAAAUCUCAUGGAUAACUGCAUAACUGCUGACAGGGAAGGAUCUCAAGCAAAUUAUAAAGAAAAAUGUGCAAGAAUGCAAAAUAAUCUCCCAACAUAUUCUUGCUAAGUUAUUUUGCUUGUAUGCCUUUCAUAGUGCAGUAAUUUGUUGUGAAGAAAUUAAGCAAGUGCUUUUUUUUACUGUGUCUUUCUUCUCUGUAUAUCCUUAUCAUCUUCUUUUUUCAUACAUACGCACACACACCCCAAUUAUACAUUGCUGCACAAUCACAAAAUCUAUAACUCACUUACACAAGGAAUAAAUUAGUAAGCAAAGAAGAAUAAAGUAUAAGGAGAAUUCUUUCAUAACAAAGAGGGAAAUGGUUACUUGCUAUUCCAAACUACUGGGGAUAAAAUCCAUCUUUCAAUAAACUUAGAGGAUCAGUUGUAAGUUUGCCCCAUUCCAUGGUUUAUGUAUCACUUUUAACUGUAUAGCCUCAUUAAUAGUUUUCAAUAAGUGUUGUUCUUUUUCUUCCUUUUUAUAAACUGCUUUGAGGGUUUUUAUGGUCAGGAAGUGUAUGAAUUUGAUGUAAGCACAAUUCCAAUUAUAGCAUUGUGACAGUUUUACUGACAAAGCCCUCUUCAAUCAACUUUAGUGUUUAGGGUCUUUAGAGUUAGGCAAAGCUAUGCUCCAUUGAUUCCAUCUUGCCUCUUUUGACCGACAGUCAGCAAGCCGGACCUUUGAUUUCUAACAUAUACCUACAUAGUAGUUCUGAUGACAACGUGUGGGAUCUAGCUUACCUGUGUGCUACAGCAAGUACAAGAAGUUUGGCUGCGCUUGUAUGUUCUUUAUGUUAAAAAUGUGUCUUUUUUGUUUAAUUGAAACGUCUCAUUCUGAACAGGUCCUGAAACAGUGAAUGUGCACAGAACUUCAAAUGACCCUACCCAAACACAGCACCUAUGUCAUGUUCGUUGCUGUGAAUGGAACAUAGUGGGGUGUGCACACAGAAAACCUCGUACCAAAAAGGAGUUUUGCAAAUACUUCAAGGAAGUAGGAAGAAAUAUACCGUAUGUGUUUGUUUAUUUGCUAAUCUUAGAAGCCUCUGAGCCAAGAUAGUCCUGCUUCCUGUUUCGUAACAUUACCAAUCCGUGAGAUAACCUUUCCUCUUAUUCUGUGACUGCUAAGCUUACUUAGGACUCUUUGGUGAGGUACUCUGUCAGAGGCUGUUCAAAAGGCUAAGUACACCAUGUCAACUGAAUCACUUUUAUCUACCUAUACGCUUGAUGACACUCUCAAAGAUCUUAAGUGAGGCAGCACUUACCCUUGCAGAAGCCAUGCUGGUUCCACUUCAGCAAGACUUGUUCUUGGCAAGCGAUUUCCACCAGUUUUCUGCUAAGCAAACUGGCCUGAGUUGCAUUGGCCACUUCCCAGUCCUAGAUUUCACAUUUGAUUUCACGUUUGACAGUUCUUUUAGGAACUGUCUUGCGAAUGCCUUCCAGACCCAGCAACUUGUCAGCUUUUAUUCUGCCAAUAAGGUAGAAUAAACACCUCAACACCACUAUCUGCCUCAGUUCCUCAGACUCUUUUGCUGCAAAGACACAUCCAAAUAAUUCAUUCAGCUUCUCCUUCCUUAGCACACCUGUAAUCCAUUUACCUCACUAGAUCACCUCCUGCUACCAAUGCAUUUAAGUAAUAUUUUCAUGGUCUUUGAAUGUGCUAUUCAAAUUCUUCUCUAUUUUUAGCAUCCCUGUUGCUGUCUGCUUACACUUUUUUUAAGUUUGUGUACCUUUGUGUUCUCAUUUGGACUUCUGUUUUCUACAGAAAGGCUUCCUGCCCUCAGCAACAUUUUUGACUCUGCUCCUUAACCUGGCUGGCAUCCUUUCUUGGUCUGAGGUAAAACUGUACUUUCUAGCGGAGCUUCUAAUGUUGUGGUUUUAAAGAACCCCAACUACACAACCAUGGAAUAUUCGCAUAUUCUACUUCUGUUGCUUUGUCCUUGCGGCAUUACUUCAUGUGUGUUUUAUGGCAGUCUGCAUUAUGGCAUAUCUAGUAUACUGGUCUGCGUGUUGCUUGUAUUGUUUGUUGUGUUUAGUUUGCAACACACGGGUUUGUUGUUCUGCAUUAUGGCCCUGGCAGCCUGUAUUGAAAUCUUCAAUAAAUUCCCUCACACUCGUCCAAGGGGACGCGGUGGGGCUGUUUACUCGACUCAGAAGCUCCGCUGAAUUCAAUGGGGACAUGCUUCCUAAGAGGCGUGCAUUGGGCCCACGUGCUUAAAACUGACAGAACACGUUUUGUUUUUUUUAAAGAGUAAGCAGAAAGCUUAUUUCUCCGCGAGGAACUACAGUAUUGCAUAUAUUCUGAGGGAAACCACGUUCCCCGGUCGCCUCACGACGACGGGGCGGGGCAAAGAGAACCGCCUGGGCCAACAAGGCUCCGCCCCCUCGUCCGCGUUCUGGCCUUGCCUCUUUUCUCGAGCGCGAGGCUAACUGCCGUUCUGCGUGAGAAAGCGCGCACGCGCACGCGCGCGCUGUCGCCGGGCGACCUCCACCGCCGCGCGCCGUUGAAGAGGCGCGCGCUUUACCCAGCCGGCGUUCUAACGGUCUACAUGGGCACGAGCCAAGGGUACGAGCGCGCAUGCUCCCCUAGAGCUUCCCCUUGACUACACUUCCCCCCCCACCACUUGCUCCCCUGUGGUUUGUGUGCGUGUGUGACCCCGCCCUCUUCGCCCGCUCUGCCUUUCCCCCCUCCCUUUGGCGCACGCGCGACGCUCUUCCUUUGGCCGCCCUUCCCAAAGCCCCGCCCCCUGCCUCCUUCCACCUUCCUGCUCUCCGGCGCUCCUCUCUCUUCUCUCGCCCCCCUUUCUGCGGCGUGAGGUAAAGAAGGGAGGGAGGGGUGGUGGACACCCACGCGCACGCACAGAGCGAGCGAGUGAGGCCGGGAGAAAGAGGGAGCCGUUCCCUGCUUACCCGUCGUGCAUUGCGAGGUUCCCUGGCACUGACGUGGCCGCCGGGAGCCGCCAUCUUGUGUGCCUGGGCGCAGUGAGGGAAAGAGAAGGGAGGGAAAAGGGAGGAAGAAAGAAGGAAGGCGGGGAGGAGGGGGGGAAGGAAAAGAGCAAAAAAAGAGAGAGAGAGAGAGGAGAAAAACGCAGGGAAGGAGCAGCCCCGGGUUCAAAGCAGCGAGGCAGACCGAGACGCCGCCCGGUAAGCAGCGCUAACCCUCAACGCUUUGCUUUUUUUAGGCUGAGGGCGGGCGGGGAAGCGGCGAGAGGCCGGGCGGUGCCGGCGCUUGGGCCUAGCUCAGGGUCGGCCGGCGGGCGAGGGAGGGUGGUAAUAAUGGCGAGGAAUUCCACCCGGAGGUUCGGCCCUCCUCUUGCCAUUCCUCCGUUUGGCCUUCAGCGCCAGGCCGGGGAGGGGAGCGGAGCCGCAGGCCGCACUGCAGGCUUGGCCUCGGCGGAGGAAGCGGGCGGGGGGGGGAGGGAAGAGGCCCUUCUGAGGCUGAAAAAUACUGAAGCGGGGAGGGGAGACUUCCUUGGAGAGUCGCGGGAAGCAGCCGAACGGCCCACCCUUGAACGCCGUCCUCGCCAACCAUCGAACCUUAACGGCUCACGGCGAGGAAGCAACCAGGCCUCCUUCGCCCGCCCUUCUUGCCCCCCCCCAAAGACCUUCUCGUUGUAUUAUUAUUAUUUUUUUAAUAUUGUAAACAGCCAGUUGUUUAUCCUUGUGGUCAUAUCUCCUCUCUUCUCUCCCCCCCCCCCGCACUCGCCCCAAUCUACGCCGGGCACUUCCUUCAAACACUUUAAGAAUUAUUACUAUUAUUUUUAUGUCUUUUUAGAAAUGUAUAGGAAUGUCUCGUCCCACCCUCCUCCCCGACUCGCUUUCACGUUGCUUUCCUUUCCUUCCUAAAGUAGCAGGCUUAAAAAUAAAAAUUAAAAAACCCUCCUUGACUGAACAGUUGAGGAUUGACAGGCAUGUCUACUUAGUUUUAGCUGCACUUAGAAGGAGGGGAACCUCCAUAACUAUGAGGGCACACCCCAUCGUGACCUGCUGCUUAGUUCGAGCCCCUGGGGUUGUUGUUUGAGUGCAACACCUCCAUCCCAUCCCCCCAAUAAGUUUGUGAUCUCAACAUUUGGGGUACAUAGAGGAUAGGUGGACAGGGCUUCCCUCCCUUUAUUUCGUCUCCUGUAGUAGAUCCCGAGGUUUCUGGGUAUGGGGUGGGGAAGCAGAUUUUGAUCACUUAGUCACUCACUGGUGACUUCAUCAGCAGGACAGAAAGUUACGCAAGUGCAGGAAAAAGUGUGAAAUGGCAGAACAGAAAGCUCCUCUUCGUCCCCCAUUUCCAGGGGAUAAAUGGUUAUGAUACCAUUUUCAGGGUUGAGAUUUGAGGCUUUAUGCAGCAGACACAUAAAGCAGUCUCAUUGCUCCAUAGAAUUAUUUCAUAGGCCCCCCCCUCUCCGAAAUACACUACAACAUUGGCAGUCCUGAGCUCAUUGGCACAGCUCGUCUAUGCAGCCAGAUGCACUCUACUGGCAACAAUCCAUCCUCUUAUAUAUUUAGCUAAAACAAUUUCAGUUGAAAUAUUUCUCAUUGAGUUACUUGGGUUUUUUGCCAGCUUGUAUGGUAGUGACAGAACCGCAGUGUGUCUGUGAGGGAAUGAGGAAGGGCAAUAGGUUUCUCCAGUGAAGGGGUUUGGUAUGCAUGCCUUUCUCCUUGGCCCCUUUGAAUAAGUAGCUCCAAGUUGGCUGUGAAGGAAUACCAGGUAAAUGCUGGUCAAUAUCCUUUCUUAAUUAUGUAUGCCUUGUAAUUGGUAAUGAAACAUUAGGUGUUUGGUGGUGUUUUUAUUUCUUAAUAAACUACAUGAAUACAUUUAGUCCUCCAUUCAUGAAUACUGUUUAAAUUAUUUAGUUCUCUACAGACCUCUUCCCUUCCUUGAAAAACAUUGUUUAGCUUAUGUUUUUAGCUUAAACUCUAUAGCUUAGAAGUAAGUGUGUGAAAAUCCAGGAAGUGUUUCUGUGCAUUCUUUGGGUGUGUUGGGUCAAACCUACAGAAUAAGGAAGGAUCCAGAUUAGAGAAGUUCAGCUUUCCCAACCAUUCAGUUUUGUUUCUCCCUCCUUUUCUAGUGUAUAUCUAUCCACUCUUGCCCCUGUAUCUGAACCUAAGGGUAUAUUGUGCAAACAGGGGAAUAUUACCCACACUCCUGUAUUCACAUGUACUGUGGUGCUUAAUUUUCUAUAUUUAAAGGAUUAAGGCUGUAAGAGAGUGUUGAAGGCCUCCACUGCUUGUGAGUAGUGUGUAGGGGAGGUGCAGGUAAUUAUUUUGGUGCUUGUUGAGGAAAAUUGGCUGUACAUCUUCAGUGAACAAAUAGUAUAUAUUCCAGAAUGAACAUUGAUAGGAGGUUGGUGUGGUGCUGGCUCAUUCAAAGGAAUAUGGUCAUGUUUAAGAACAAGGCAGACUUUUCCUUCCUCUCUCUCUUUUUCUUCUGACUAACUUCUUUAGAUGCAGCUUCUAAGCAGCUCUGUGAAAGAGGGUGAUGAAAAACGCUUUACAGGUUGUUUUACAUAACAGUCCUUGUGUUGGGGGAUUCAGUGGUUAAUUGGCUGGAGCAGGGUUAGAACAGAAUUGUUCUUGUGUUCGAAACUCCCAUUGUUCUAGCCGCAUUUUGCGACGGAAUUUUAUUAGCGCAAGCAGUUUCUGAGAUCUGGGAGCAGUCCCGCACCCAAGAUUUCAGAUUAAAACUGCAGAGUGGAAGGACAGGAGGACCUUUUUCUGCCUCCCCGCUUCCGGCUACUCUCUGAAGACUGGGAAGAGACCAUCUUAAGAAUACAGUGGUACCUCGGGUUACAAACCCCUCGGGUUACAAGCACUUCGGGUUACAGACUCCACUAACCCCGAAGUAGUACCUCGGGUUAAGAACUUUACCUCAGGAUGAGAACAGAAAUCACGCGGCAGCAGCAGGAGGCCCCAUUAGCUAAAGUGGUACCUCAGGUUAAGAACGGACCUCCGGAACGAAUUAAGUUCGUAACCAAAGGUACCACUGUAUUAGGGGGGUGGGCAGGGGGAGGACUAGAGCCUGUGAAAAAUGAACAUAAUAUUUUAGCUGCAGUUCAUUCAUUUUCAGCUUUGUAUUCUUGUUAUUUAAAAACUGUGGCCUGACAUUCCCUUGUUGCACCUAUAACCUGCCAUUUGGCUCCUAACUUUCAUAACUUAGUUUCUAACACUGAUUACAUUGUCAUAUGGGAGGUUGGAUUAGUCAGCCAUAAGAACUUUGCUGUCCUUUCGACCACAAGGGAACAGGCACUGUCUGUUGCGCAAACUCCUUCAGGGAAGUAUCAGCUUACACCGUAGCAUGAGGUUGUACUUAUCAUUGUAUUAAAACUUUGUGGGCCAUAAAAUCAGCCAGCUUCAUUGUUUAUCUUUGACCUUGUCGGUUGUCGUCUUCAACUUCAAGUUUCUUACUUGGGUUGGGCACACCAAGAAGCCUUAACUGGAAACACUCAUUAUUUCUGAAGUUAGAAAAAAGUUAACUGUUGAAGUGGUUGUGGAGUUCCUACCAAGGUACUCCACACUCCUCAAAAAGUGAGUGUGAGUGAUCUUUUUUGGCCCAAGGCAUUCACAUGUUUCCAACCCUUGGCCACAUGCCAGUGGUGGAUGUGGCCACUCCACCCUCAUAUUCUGCGCACACAUUCACAGUAUGCACGUACACUUGCAGACACACAAAUCAAAAGAGGAGGAGUUGUCAUCAUUGUAUCACUUAUCAAUCUGGUGACUAAGGUGUUUAUUAGUUUACUUUAAGUUACAUGUGUCAGUUUCUUCACAAAACAGGUAGAAGUCCCAAAGCACUAAAUCUAGGAGACCAGGAUUCAAAUUGUCACUCAGCUAUAAAGCUGACUGGGUGACCUUGAGCCAGACAUUGUCUCCACCUAAUCUACCCUGCAGGGUUGCUGGGGGGGAUUGGAGGAGGAGAGCCAUAUAUGCCACCUUCAGCUCCUAGGUGGAAAGGUGAUCUAAAUAUAAAAAUAUUAUCAAAAGAAUGAUGAAUAGCAGUACAGAACAGAUAUACUGCAGUGCUUAUCCCAUUUAUUUAUUUUUAAGUUUGACACACACCACAUCCGACACAUAAAUGGACAUAUAAUAGCCACCAAAUGCCAGACCACUGGUGCUAUCCAAAUUCCUUGGGGAAACAAAUAUGCUGAAGACAUGACAGCACCACACAAGCUUCCCUCUAGACCAGGGGUUGUCAACCUGGUCCACGGUAGUGGGUUCUAUGGCACAAGCUGAAUCCUCCUUCCAUCGAGCACUGGUGGGUGGUAAGGAAAUUUUACGAUCAAGAAAGCAUUAGUGGGCGGUAGGUAUAAAAAGUUUGACUACCUCUGCUCUAGACAGUAACUUCUCUACCCCACCACAUGCUGUCUUUUCUUUUGCUUUUCCCAUUGUUUCCAAAAUCCAUGUGGUUUGGGAGGUGGUGCAAAAAAAAUUGCUGAGAAACUUUAUCAGACCUUUGUUCCUGUGGUUAAUCAGCCCUGUUAUAAAGCAGUGCUAUCUCUUACAGGUAUCAUUAGUCUCAGAUUAUGACGUAAUUCAGUGAAGUUUCUAUUUCUUUAUUUAUUGCCUAGUUUCUAAGAUAAUGUGCACCAGAAUUGCACUUUUAAUACAUGUUAGUCUUAUUUUAGACUUUAUAGAAGAAGCAUGUUGUGUGGUUGGAAGUAUAAGCAUUAAAUACCCCUUUGUUGUAAUGAGGUUUCUUUCUUUAUAGCUCAUGUAUGAUAAACUUGUAUGGGGGGAAAUUAUGUUCAUUGUGCCUCUAAUUCUCCAAGCAGAUGCCAUACAAUAAUUACCCUGCUGGAUGAGGCCAAUGUCCAUCUCUUCAGCAUUCUGUUUUCAAUAGUGGAACAGCCAGAGAUCUCUGGGAAGAUUACAAACUGACCAUAUGAGCUGCUGCUUGUUGAGUCCUAGGGUCAAAGGUAUGCUGCCUUUGAAAACAUUGAGGUCCUAUUUAGCAGUCAGUGCUAUUAGUCAUUGCUAAACUUGCUUUUCAUGAAUUUUUUCUAAUCCUUUUUUCAACCACUUUUAAGGUAGUGACUUAUUGCGCCAACCAGGUAAGGUAUGUAUGCAUUGCGUGAAGUCCAUCCUUUGGACAAAAGGAAGCAUUCAAAUAAUGCAUAACUAAGCUUUUUAAUUUUUUUGCAGAUUAGCCUACCUUUGGAGGGAAUCUCGGCUACUCUAAGCACUACAUUUGCAAAAAUUAUUUGUCUUUUUUAAUAUUUAUAUUUUAUUAAGGUGAUUUCAGUUAAAAGAAAUAAAGUGAUACAGAAAAAGGAAAAGUGAGAGGGAGAAAAACGAGAAACAUAUAAAAGUGAAAAUAUACACAAAAAGCAAUACAGUAUAUGAUAUUCCCAUACAUUCUUGCAUAAAUUAGUAUAGUACUAUUGUCCUAGUGCUUAUGUAAAUGUUAAUAGCAUACUACAUUUUGUAUAAACUCAUUCAAAAUGUUAUCGUAUUUAUCCAUACAGAGUCUGCGCCUGUAAGCAUGUUCAUAAAUUGCCACUUAUGUCAUAUCAGUCCAUUGAGUGAAGGGUAUCAUAUCUUUAUUUUUCCAAUUCCUUAAUAUCAAUCUCUUGGCCAACAUUAGGGCACAGAAAAUCAAUUUCCGUUGUCCCAUUGAUAAUUUCCAUACUGCAGGUGUAUAGUUCAAUAAAAUAUUCUCCUCUGAAAGAUUUAACUUUUUCUGCACAGUCAUAGUUACACAGUCUAGCACUUUCUCCCAAAACUUCUUAAGUAAAGAACACUGUACAAAUAUGUUUUCCUUGCCACAUUUCCAACACUGAGCUAUCUUAGCUAACCUUUUUUAUACAACCGUAAAGGGUCCAAUAAACUCUAAAUAUUAUUUUCUGUUGUAUUAAUCUUAAUUUUAAAUCUAAUUACACCUUAGGUAUUGAAGCUAGUACAUUUUCCCACUGUCUGGGUAAUAUUGAAAGUUCAAAUUCUUUCAUGACAAAAAUAAUUUGUCAUGAAAGUGUUCAAUUAAACUUCUCCUUGACCUGCUCCAUGACUUAUUUGAGUAAGCAAGAUAUAAUAUGCUCAUGCUAUGAGAGAUCUAGUGCUGUAGAAAGAGAUCAUUUGAGAACAAAAUAUGAAUGCCUGUGUUACUGUCAUACCUAAAAUAGCUGGCUAAGUGCUGCUUGCUUCCCAUUUGAAACUGGGAAAUAGUCCUUAUGGGGGAAUCUUGAUACCCUAGCUCAGGGGCAUUUAUUGUCUGAGCAGUUAGCAAUCGUUUGCUUUUCUUAUACCCUGAUACAGUAAGAGUCUCUAUCAUUGUCCUAUUUGUUUCGAAUUCAAAUGCAUUUUAACAUAUUUUAUGACUUAAUUGUUUUUUCAUUAAGACUUUGAAUCAUGUAUGGUCUAAUUAGGAUUCAUUUUAAAACAUGGUUAUUUUAUAGGAUUGGAGAACAGCUGGAUAUUCUUUUCUGAAUUGCUACAAUCUGAUACCUAGUUAGCUUGGAGUGAGCACCAUGUAACUCAGUCUGGCAUAGUUCUGAGUAAACAUGUAUAGAAUUGCACUGAAGGUGAAUGGGGCUUUAAAUGCAGUGAGUGUUGUUCCCUGGGUGGUGUUUACCUGUAAUGUACCAUGCAUAUGAUUGGGAAGACAUAUCAGUGAGUAGAUCUUGCCUUCAUUUCUGCAGGACAAAAAUUCAGUACAGUAUUAACAUUAUCUAAUCAGAGUAACUGUGAUUAUGCCUUAUGGCCACUGUCGGAAUAGAAUGUGAAAGUGACGUUCCCUUAAACUGAUCUGCAGGAAUUCCUUUUACUAACUUGAAUAUUCUGCUAUGUCAGCUGCUCAGCCUUGAAAUGCCACUUGGGCCCCUUUUUUGCAGCUUUUAGACAAGGAGUUUUAGUAAGCUUCCAGCUUUUGCAACUUUUAAAAUUUAUUCAGCAGUCUUUCUUGCAGUAUGCAAAAAUCCAACAAUAUUACUUCUAAGUAAUUUUUUGAAGAAGUGAAAUACCACAUGCUAAUAUUUCCAUUCUCAAAUUCUUUUUUCAUAGGCAUCACAGUCCAGUAGUGUUACACACUAUUGUUUGCUUCCUCCUCUGAUUUAUAAUCUCACUAAAAACAGUUCAGUACCUUUCCGUGCUGAGUAACAAUUAAUGCAGCUUAAUAUUUAAGCCAUUUACUGCGAAAAAGUAUUUUGCUCUAGGCCUGUGUGCUGCUUGUGCUUUUUGCUUGUCUAGGUGCAAUCCAUUUAGGUUUCAUUGCUGGUCACAAAUGAAGGCAUGUUCAAGGAACAUGCAGGGUUGUUUUUUAAUGUGGAGAGUUGCACCAUGUAUCUGUAUCUAGCAAUCUGCCUUCCUGUGCAAGAGCCCAAAAAAUUGUGUUAAAAGAGCUAUAGAAUUGUUUAAAUAUAUGUUUGGGACUAAACUAGACAUGCAGGAUAGGUAGAUGCUUCCAGAAGCAACAGCCCUAUGAAAUAUCUUCCUCUUCCUGUAACAGCUAGUAAAGACCGCAGAAUGUGGAGUCAUUGGAUGGUUUCCCUGCCCCUGCAAAUGAGCAAGUGAAGCAGUAAUAGGAAACUCAACCACACAGUGAUAUCACAGUGUGUUCUCUUUUACUAAUUGUUAUGACUUUGAAAGCAGAACAUGUUUGAGACCCAGAGACUUACUGCCAGGGAGCUCCUGGCAGUACACAUAGGCAAACAGGACUGAUGUUUGAGGGGAGGCAAGGGGUGUUAAAAUACCCUGCUGCUGUAUUUUCUUUAAGAAUAAAGGGCUCUGUACCAUUGAACAAGUCUCCUCACCCCACUCUUCCUUUGGAUGCAAUGGAUAUACAUGCACGUCUGCUAUUAUAGGGAGUGCUAAAUAUGAAAUAACAUUUCCCUGUAUGAAGUUCACACUGGCCUGCAGUCCAUAAGGUAUAGUGAAUAAAGUAUAUGUGUUGGUGGCUGUUGCCUCGUCAUGAAGGGACUUGGAAAGGAUGCUAAAUGGCCAACUCUAAAUAGGACAAAUGCUUGUGCUACAUCCAUGCACAUUAGCCAGUCUACACUUCUUACAUGAACAGCCAGGACACUGCUAGUAUCUUGAAGCACUCUUUAGUUUAUUUUUUGAAAAGCACAACUAUAAUUGUGGGGAGAACCUGUAAGUCUCAGUUGGGGAUUAAUGUGUGCAUACAGUCUUGACCACAAGGGAAUUGUUCUGUAGCAAGCAGCACAUGAUACUGAAAACAUUGGUUUGCCUAGCUUGGCUAGCUAGUGAGUUUGUGUAGUUUCAAAGUUAAGGUAUUCCUUUUCUAAUGCCCAUCUUGUAUUUGUAGUCCAUGCAGGCUGAAGGUACACAACUGCAUACAAAAAUCUCUGCACGUUCUCUUGGGGAAUGAAAGCUGUUGGUAGUCAUGAGGCGUGUGGGGGGGGAGACAAAGUACAGUGGUACCUUGGGUUACAUACGCUUCAGGUUACAUAUGCUUCAGGUUACAGACUGCUAACCCAGAAAUAGUACCUUGGGUUAAGAACUUUGCUUCAGGAUGAGAACAGAAAUCGUGCUACGGCGGCAGCAGGAGGCCCCAUUAGCUAAAGUGGUGCUUCAGGUUAAGAACAGUUUCAGAUUAAGAACAGACCUGCGGAACGAAUUAAGUACUUAACCCGCGAUACCACUGUGUAGAAUAAGUAGGAGAAAUGGUUACUUGGACCUGUAGGAAGAAAGGUGAAAAGGCAGUGGAAAUGUUUGGGGAAAGGCAGAAAUAGUUGCAUAUUGUACUCCAGUAUCUCCAUGGCACUAUUUUAACACUUAAUUUAUAGUUUUGUAAAGUUCCAAAAUGGUCAAGAAAUGCAGGAAUGAGCUAUUGCAUAAUAAUGAUUUUUAUUUAAUCCUGUUCCCUUGGAACCUGAAAAUUAGUCUUUUCGAACUCCAGAGUAGUCUUACUGAAGUCUGUAGAAUUACUUGAGAGUUUAUGGGUUGAGAUUUUAAGUAUAAACGUACACACAGCUGUGAUGCAUAAAUAUUUUAGUUUUGAUGUUAUCUUAAAUACUGUAAACAGCCAGAGGCAAUUGAGCUACAAAGAUUUCAUGUGUAGUUUAGACACAACUAUACAUUGAUAUGUAUGCACUGUGUGAAAUAAGCUAUUAUGGGCACACAGUAGUCAGGUAUUAAGAGUGUUGCAUGCAGCUUCUUCCUGAACCAUGGCUGGGGAACCUGUGGGCUUCUAAAUGUUGAGCUGUAUCAUACAGCCAUGCUGGCUAGAGCUGAUGGAACCUGGAGUGCUGCAGGUUCCCCAUCUCUGAUCUAAGCAUGGGUACAUGCAGUUAGAAUUCACUGUGUGGCAGUGAAUAGAAGUUCCUAGGAAAGAUUCCCACACUGUACUCUAUGCUGAACUGAUGUUAAUAGCUACUCACCUAAAUGUUUGUAGUUGAUUUAUACCAUCAAUCAUGGCACCAGGUAAGUGGUGCUCUCUCAGUUUUGUUGCUGCAUAAAGUUAAUAUCUUUGGUGGUAUUUGAAGCAAAGGUAACUGAGCCCCUGGUACGUGCAGUUUUCUCAUGAGUUUCAUAUCAUGUGCUUAGUGUCUGGCAUGUUUAAAAGCAGGGGUUUAAUCUCAAAAUAUUUAAGCUUCUAGCAGAAAACUGUGACGAUAAUGCAGUUUUUUUAAUUUUGGCCAUCAAUCUUUUCUUUGUUAUUUUUGAGGUGUCUUUGUUUCCUGAAGCAUUCUUGAGAGUCAUACUUUUGGAAAUGCAGUUAGCAGCUGUUGAGUGGUGUUGACAGUGAUCUGCAGGAAACUGAACAUUGUGUGACUACCAUGUUAUACUGUCAGCUUGUCCUAACAAAGUUGAUAGGAUGUGUUAAUUUACAAAGCUGAAAUGUGAAAUGUAUGGAUUGAUUAUCUUUGGAGCACUCCUAGCAAGCAUGUGGAAUAUAUUUUGUAAGAAAACAUGGAAUAUUCUUGGCAUCUGUGUUAAUUUCUGAAAGAGAUGCUAUAAGCAGGGCAUCAUCUUCAAAAGAAAAGUGAUGUCCCAGAAUAACAUAGUUGAGUUUGAUUUAAAGCCACUUCCCAGUGAUCUAAGAACAUUGAUACAUACUUAUUACAAUAAUAUAAAUAAUUGCAUUUUCUGCUAGGUUAGUAUUUAGUUGUGGAGCAAAAGAGAAAAUGGGUGAAUUUGCUUAUAAGUUGCAGAGCAUUGGAAGGGCUGUGUACCUUCACAAGGUGCAGGCAGAGAGUUAAAAGCUGUCAUGGAGACCGUGGCCAGAAAGCAGGACUUGUUUUUUACUCCUACAAGGCCCUUCCUCUAACCAAAUAAGGAUUGUUGUUUGUUCCUCUGGUGACAGAGAGAAUGACUGAAACUGUAGGAAAAAGCUGCUUUGCUAAUAUGAACUAGUCACGAUGUUACUCCUGAUCUUUGUGUGUGUGAGUGUAAUAAAGGUGUGAACCAUGUGUUGACUCACUGUAUAUAAAAUGUUCUUUUUGGCUGCCACAGUGAAAUCUGUUGCUAAAUAAAGGUAAUGGGUUUUUUUAAGACAAGCAGUGAUCCUGUUCUAAGAAAGUGCUUUAAAAUCCACAUGGCUACCAAUAUAUAAUUCCUUUUUCUUUCUCGUGUGCCUGAACCAUGGUGCUAGCUGUCGAUAUGUCUGCCAAGUGUAGCUAAGUAAAAGCUGUUUCCCCAAGUAGCCAUCACCUCCCCCCCCCCAGCUUUUUAAAGUGUUUUUAGUAUUUGGAGUGGAGGGAGAACCCUAGGAGCUUAGUUGCCUAAGUCUCUGCUGAUGAUGGGUUGGGGUUUGUUUUGUGUGUGUUUUUGGAAUUUUGAAAUAGUGUUUUACCCUUUUGUGUAAGAAUGGCGCUGCUGGAAUCUGAUUUUUCCAUCUCUGAAUUAUCAAAUCAAUCCUACUUUUGGGGAAGUGGUGCCUAGUGUGGUGUGGAUUAGUGAGGCACAUUUGAUACUUUUUUUCCGUUAAGGAAAGUGGAAUAAUCUUUUAUUAUGAUAUUCCUGCUAAUGAUACUAACUUCCUUGUUACUAUAGCAUAUUUAUGACAAUUUUCAAAAUGCUGGAAAUUGGUAGCAUUAUGCUUUUACUUAGACAUUUUGGAACCUGAAUGCUAGUCAUUUUAGCACUAGGACUUUGCAACACAACCUCUCCUCCCCCUGUGUGGCCCCCAGAUUUAUUCUGCAAAUUGUCAUGGUGGGGGCACAAGGGGGGGAGAUCUAGUGCACAAGUGGAAGUCCUUGUGCUAAUGGAACUGCUUGGUUUGAUACAAUCCAGUAUAUUUAGGUUCACAAAUGUAUUUUGAGUUGUAAGACUUCCAUGGUAGCUGACAAUACUGUCAAUACAGUCUUGUUAUAUUAUCUCAGAGUAACUUGGGGGUGUCCUCCCCCUACUGCUCCUUUGUUGGUGCCUUGCCUUGCUUGUUACAAGGUUUGGUUACAAAAUAAAAAGUGCUUGAAAAUCAAUAGGAAUAAGUUGUGAAAUAGACAUGACAUUAUCUAAAUCCGACUCCAGUGGUCAUUUUCUUUGUUUUGACGUAAUGAAGAUUUCAUGUUCACAUCUGUGAGAAGCAGUAGUAUAAACAAAUAUGUUUCUUGUACAGAGGUACCUUGGGUUAAGUACUUAAUUCGUUCCGGGGGUCCGUACUUAACCUGAAACUGUUCUUAACCUGAAGCACCACUUUAGCUAAUGGGGCCUCCCGCUGCCGGAGCCCGAUUUCUGUUCUUAACCCAAAGCACCAUUUCUGGCUUAGUGGAGUGUGUAACCUGAAGCGUAUGUAACCCGAGGUACCACUGUACACUUUGAAUGGUUUCUCUAGAAUACUAUAUACUGAAGAAUAUGAAAAGCAUUUACGGUAGCAAACUUUUCAUUUAAGGUAUCCAUACAACCCUUUUCAGGCAGACCUCACAAAGUUUAUGUAAGAUUCUUGAACAACAAGCAUUGAUUCAAAACAAAAUAAAACAGUGGAAUGGAAAAGACCAUUUGUUUAGAAGAAGUUGUCAUUUCUCGCUCAAUUCAAAACAAAAUGCUUCUGCAGGAGGCCCUGUGAUGGGAGAGGGAGGGGCUACCAUUCAAGCUGGAUAGUGGGAAUUCCUCAAGCUUCUUUCUUCUCUCUCUCUCCCCCUCCCCCAAACUGGCCAAGAUAGUCAUACUACUUGAAGUCUCCUUCUCCUACAAAACCCAUUUUGUGUGUCUUGUGUUAAAAGUAUCUGUUACUGUUGAUCUUUUUGCAGUAUCCAAAGCUGAUAACCCACCACUGAAAAUGACCUUUCCAAUCUACCGUAUUUUUUGCUCCAUAGGACGCACUUUUUCCCCUCCAAAAAUGAAGGGGAAAUGUGUGUGCGUCCUAUGGAGCGAAUGCAGGCUUUCGCUGAAGCCUGGAGAAAACUAGGUGCGCCCUAUAGUCUGGUGCGCCCUAUAGUCUGGUGCGCCCUCUGGAGCGAAAAAUACGAUAAUCCCUGUUCACACUCUUAAAAACUUCUGCUCUGUAUUGAGCCUCCAUUGUUGUGAGGUGGCUUUUCACACUUAACACUUGAAAAUAAAUCUCACUGGGUUCCAGGGGGCUUUUACUCCUAAGGAUUGAGCAGGGUGUGAUCAUCACACUACAGAACUAACUGUUUUGAAUUUAUUUUCUCCUAGAUUUCUUUGGCCAGUGAGUGAGCACCAGACUUAAGCAUGGGAAAUAUUUUCGCUAACCUCUUCAAAGGCCUUUUUGGCAAAAAAGAGAUGCGCAUACUUAUGGUCGGGCUGGAUGCUGCAGGAAAGACUACUAUAUUGUACAAACUUAAGCUCGGUGAAAUAGUAACUACCAUCCCUACUAUAGGUAAGAUGUGAAGCAGCUUCCCUUUACAAAUAUGUGACUGUUUUAAACAUAUUUAAAAGUAGAUAAAGUUUGGAAUUGUACACAGACUGACAGUACUGUUGAGUAAACUUGCAUAUGGUUGGUCUGCAUAUGUCUGUGAUGAUGCACUUGUUACCCAGGUGAAGUAAGCAUUUGGUCGCUCUAACCAUGUUUAUAGAUCCAUUACAACUCAUUGCUUAGAGAGCACAAGAUACAACUCCAAUAUUUCUUAAUUUGCUUCUCUUCAAGAAAGGAUUUGACUAAUGCUGGAAUAGUAGAGGGAGGAAAAUGUUGACAAUGUCUAUGAAUGUUAAGAUGUUGCUACAGCCAUUUUUGUUGCUUUGGUUAAUAUCUGCUGUGAUAUAUAAUAUGUUAUCUCAUUGGUCAGUUGUAUUUUCUUUUUAAAAUUGAGAAACUAGCCAUAGGAGAGGUGUCAUCCUGUAAAUCCUUUAAAAACCUGUGGCAAACAUUUGAAAGAAGAAACAUUGCAAAAUACAGUAGAACCUCGGCUUACAUUACCCUUGGGUAAUGUAAACUUCAGGUUGCAAAAGCGGCAAAUCUGGAAGUAUUUUUCCAGGUUUCGCCGCUCACGCAUGUGCAGAAGUGCUCUAUCGCGCUGUGUGCAUGUGCAGAACCUCUGGUUGCGGAAACCUCAGGAUCUGGCUGGAGCUCCAGAACGGAUCCCAUCCGCAACUGGAGAUACCACUGUAAUAUGUGAAACUUGGCCUGUAUGCUUUUGAAAAUGACAAGCGAAUAAUAUUUAGGUGCAAUUAUGUAUUCUAACUUACUAGUGGCUCUUCACUUGGCAAUAUGUUUUCAGUGUGGUCUUCAAUACAAUUCAGCUCUUUGGACUAUAGUAGCUCACUGAUAUUGCCAUUUCAGAUGCAAAAAUCUGUGUUAAAUAAGCUGUUUGCUCCUUAUGAAGUAUAUAUUUGAUGGGGGGUAUUAGUGUAUAUUCUGAAUAUACAUUUUAAGACUGGCUUUUAAAAUGUGGACCAGUUGGUCAGGAGUUUGGGGGGGGGGGGUAAGAAGCAUAUAAUUGAUUUCAACAAUUUCCUUCUAUACCUUAGUUUAGGUUAUGUGGAUGAGCAUGCUGUUUCACUUGUUAACUGCUCAACUUUUCUCCCACUUUUUUGUUUCAGGUUUCAAUGUAGAAACUGUAGAAUACAAGAACAUUAGCUUCACAGUGUGGGAUGUAGGUGGUCAGGAUAAGAUCAGACCACUCUGGCGCCAUUAUUUCCAGAAUACACAAGGUGAGCUAUUUUCUGUAACUGACCAUAUCCUUUUUUUUUGUAUUUAUAGAGACCCACUCAGGCAUCUUCAGUUACUCCAUAACUAUGUUGAUAGCAUGAAGUAAACAUAUCAGCUACCUGUCUAGUACUGAGUGUGAUGGGAUAUGUCUUUAGGUCUUUCUGUCCCACAGACUUUUGUCAUUCAGAAUGUGAAACUUGCAGUAGGGACAGUCCUUUCUUAGCACAAGUAUCAAGCUAGGACAUCUCCAUUCUGCGCCAGCUUAGGUUAUCUUAGUUCAUUCACAUAUGUGACAUAACCCUUACAAUUGCAUUUUGAGUGUUUUCUUUGCAAGUAUGCCAACAGUUGCAUUCCCCUAAAUCAGAACCAUAGUUUUGCCUGCAAAAAAUAAAUAAAUCUAGGUUCAGUCCCUAGCAAUCUCCAAUGGAGAUCGAGAGACACUGCUAUCUGGAACCCUGGAGAGCUGUUGUCAAACAGUAAAGAGCUAGAUACAUGUCAGUCUUCUGAUUCUUUCUGCAACUUCUGUGUUCCCAAAAAUUAAUCUCAAGAUUCUAUGAGAUUCCUUUCCACAGGAUGUACAAAAAACAAGCUCCAGUAGUAUGCCAUGGUCAGUACAUGGUCAGUGUUGGCUUCAGGUUUUGUGUCAGUGUUUGGCAGCCAAACAAAAGGAGUGCCUAGCAAGCUUGCCCAAUUGUCCCCUCUCUAGCUUCUGCAGUAGAUUUGGCCAUACAUUGGUUUAAAGCAGCUGUGCACCUGUGUGUAACUCCUCCAUAUCACCCCAGGGUAUAAUUGAAGGCCUUUUGUGGGCCAAAUUGAACCCAUGGACUACUGGUCCGUUUUGGGUGUUCAUGUCAGCAACACUAGCCAAGUGUCCCUUGUUUUGAAUAGAACAAGUCCGGGGAAAACUGAAGGCAACUCUCUAAAUCUGCUAGCAUGUUGUAACUGAGGGUAUGUAAUUUGUAUAAUGAAAACCACUUUCAGAUCACUUGGUGGCCUAUUGAUUGUUAGCUUCAUGAUCUUUUAGCGAAGUUAUUGCUGUGUGCAUUAAAUCUUGGAUCUGUUUUAUGAGUGUCUCUUUUUAGCCCUCGGGGCUGACUUAGCAAAGGCUAUGACAGAUCAGCAUGUGUCACAGUUUACCUUUAAGCACAGGAGCUGCUGCAUCGGUGAUGUAGACACAUAACUUGACAUUGUUGGCUGUUGUCUCACUGCUUCUGAAAUCCUUGCUGAGGCUGCUUUGUCUUAUGGUGUCAACGUUGUUGUGACCAUAAGUUUCAGAAUCACUGGAAAAACAAGAUGAUAUACUUGUUUCUGCACAGAAAACCAUCUCACCAUACUUGCUGUGUCUAUGAAUCCUUCAUAGUUCUGGUUGGAGCCAUAGCUUAGUAGUAGAGACAUGCCUUGCAUGCAGAAGGUUCCCGGUUACGUUUCCUGGAGUAUCUAAGUAGGGCUGACAAAAUCCUGACUGAAAUCCAGGAGGGCCACUGCCAAUCUAUGUAAACAAAAUUGAGUUAGAUGAACUUACAGUAUAUGGCAGCUUCCUAUGUACCUGCACAUGUGUAAUAAGCUUGCCACAGCAGCAGCAUGGCACUAAAGCGAGCUUUAGGUCAGGAAGUCAAGAGUCAGAUGUUUUCUCGGACAUGAAUUCAGGUGGUCAAUUGUGCCUCGUCUACAGGCUGCUUUUCAUAAGUAAAAUACUAGACAUUGGCUUUUAUCCUGGUAAGUAAGAAAGUCAGUCAUUUUGGUAGCAUCUCAAGCAUUCAACGAGCAUUUUGCUGUCCUUCUUGAGUAAUCUGGGUAUUAAGAGGAGAUUGUUGAGGGCAUGCUUUCAUAUAUUCCUAUGUAGUAAUGUCAUAUAGCUUCUCCAUGCCUAUUCUGUAAAUGAAGCUGUGCGAGGUCUCAAGUUGGUGACUUUUUUCCAUAUAGAUAUCAAAGCACUUUCAAGGUGAGCUAUUUUAAGUAGCUUUUCCAGUAUGUUGUAAUUUGGCUGCAUCAGCAUGUUACUGAUGGAAACAUCAGCAAUAGCGCUGAUCUUAGCUAUAGGAUGGCUUCUCUUGAACACUUGGUUAGAUAGCACCACCUUAGGAUAUGUUGACUGACAGAUGGAGGUAAAAAAAUACACAAGUCCCAUCAUGUUAAACAGUUCUUCUCUAAAUAUUGGUCUUUUUUUCUUUCAUCUGUGGCUUUAGCAUGCAGAAUUUUGGUAGGCGCUUCUUACAGCUUUCUAACAGCCCAAGAAUCUUAUUUAAAGGGUUCCUAUUCAUUCUUUCCUACCUUGUUUGCAAAUGCCCAGAAUUAUCUCAUCAUUUUGAUAUUGUUAUAGCCUUGGACUUUGAGCAGAUUCCAGAAGAUUAUAUACAUCCAUUGGCUUGAUCAAAAGCAAUACUUGAUUUCUAAAUUGAGUAAAUGGCUUCUUCACAUAGUUCACUAUUACUUGAUUGCUGUGUGGCUAGCUUUAGCCCCGUAACUAGUGAAUUUGAUUUAAAUUACAUUAUAGAUUGCCAGUGCCUAUUGGUAUAGACAUAUUUUUAUGACAAUAGAUCUAGUUCCAUACUUAAAACUUCCUUUCAGAAAGGCUCUCUGUCUCCAUGCCUGUCCAUGUAAACAACUGUUGUUUCCUUUGUAGGUUUGAUCUUUGUGGUUGAUAGUAACGACAGAGAGAGAGUCAAUGAGGCCCGAGAAGAACUUAUGAGAAUGUUGGCAGAAGAUGAGCUCAGAGAUGCUGUCCUUUUAGUGUUUGCUAACAAACAGGUAGGUGAUCGUGAACAGCACAGCCAGAAUGGUACCCCAGGGUUCCCUUCGCCUCCAGUUGUGAUGGUGGGCUGUAAGAGUUCUCACCUUCCAGUCACCCUCUAUUGGUUAUGCCUACGUUUGUGGGCCUUGCUGUCGGCAGUGGGCUGAAAAUAAUAUUACUGACAGAUUUCAGAGGUAAAAUAUAUGGUCUCUUGCGUGACACAGUUGCAUUAAGGAGCCCCCAGGACUUCCCCUGCAACACAAAACAUACGAUUUUACCAUGCUAAAAGUGCUUCUUUAUUGACUUUCCUGAACUGCUGCACCUCCAAACAAAUUGUGGCACCACAAUGCCAUUAUGUAGGGGUUUAAAUGUACCAACAAUAUCGGUCAGAGUAUGAAUUUAGAGGACUAUAUGAAUAUCCCAGAGCAUCUGUUGCCUUUACAAGUCUCACUUUUCCAUCACUUUUUCUCCACCACACUUCAGACAAUUUAGGAAUUUUGCAUGCUACAUCUACGGCCAGAUUCAAAAUUGCCACUCUCAUCAUGAUCUGUACUAUGGGCCUUCUGUGUGCUCACUGGAUUGAGAAGGGUGGGUUGCUACUGUUGCAAGCCAUGUGAGAGCACAAGGAUGUCUUUGGCCUCAGGGAACCAGAUCUGGUUCUGUCUAUAUCACAACGUAGUCCAGAUCACACAGAUUAAUGGUCAAUGCAACAUCUUACCAUUAUGCCACAUUUGAAUUGUAUGUUGCAGAUUCUUCCUAUGAAUUCUCUAAAGGAAACAAAAAUCCAUUUUCUAAAGCAAAUUGCUUCCAUUUUUCAGGACCUGCCUAAUGCGAUGAAUGCAGCAGAAAUCACAGACAAACUAGGACUGCAUUCUCUUCGCCACAGGAACUGGUAUAUCCAGGCCACCUGUGCCACUAGUGGAGACGGUCUCUAUGAAGGACUGGACUGGUUGUCCAAUCAGCUCCGAAACCAGAAAUGA